GUACACGUUUACUCGUAUAACAUAAAUAAUAUUUUCUUAAAAAAUACCAUUUUUAGGAUUUUAGGCAGAAUGAGAAUAAGCAAAUUACUUUAUAUUCCCUAAUUUGGUUUCGCUUUUGUUGUUAAAUUUCCCAAAAAAUUUUUUACGUAAUUAUUUUGUCACGAACAUAUCUAUAAUAUAAAUAAUUUCUUAUUCUUUUUUUUUUAAUUAUUCUCGUUGAAUAAUUCAUCUCUCUUUUUCACAAAAUAUGAAAGUUCAAACGAAAAUUAUCCAUUUACUUAUAAUAAUCUUUUCAACUUUAUUAAUUUUGAUAUCAGCCCGAAAAACUUCACAUGACAAUUCUAAAAAACUAGGACUAGUCAAAAGAAAUUCACCAUCAAGGGGUUGGAGAAAGCCAAAUAUAAGAUCACUACAGAACCGCUUACAAUCACGCCAAGUUACAGUCUCUGAAGGAUCAACGUUCUCACAGCUGUCACCACCAGCCACUGCUGCUAAAGCACCAUCAUCGCCUUCAUCUAAUAAACCACCACCUCCUCCUCCUGCACCUAAAUCACCAGCUCCACCCCCUCCUGCGCCUAAAAAAGCACCAUCUCCACCCCCUCCUGCACCCAAAAAAACACCUCCACUUCCUCCCGCGCCUAAAAAAGCACCACCAUCAUCUCCAUCAUCUACAGAGUCUGUUUUCCCAUCACCUACAACUACAUCGUCUUCAUUACCACUAUCAAAAACACCCAAAGUCACAUUAUCAUCAUCAUCAGCAAUAGCAGGAUCGCCAUCAUCAAUAAUAAGAAGCGCUACCACCAGUUUCUACUUAACUCUACUGGUACAACUAGUUGUAUUAUUAUUUUAUGUUUAAGAACAUUAAAUUGUGGUGUUAUAAUUUUUUAAUUAUGUAUAUUCAUCUAAAACAAUAAAUUGAUAUCGUAUACUGUCAU